UGCUGCUUUGGCUCCUCCUGUGUUCCUUAUUGCAAAGAGGCUUCCUGAGGCAUCUUACACCCUUCCUCAAGAAAACUGACAGUCAAGUGUUCCUGAUGUCUGCAAGUAAAGAUGGGAAAAUGGUGCAGGAUGUGGAACGGCACAAUCAGCGUGAUGGUGUAGUACAUAAAGACCGUUACGUUGUGGGAAAUGAAACUCGCCAAAAUGUUGAGGUGCACAACGCUCGCCGUAAUAUUGUGUUCCAUAAUGGUGAUUUUCAUGGUGUGGAAAAUGAUGCCUUCCAGGAAGUUGAGCUGAACAAUGCCCGGCAUGAUAUUGUGGUGCAUAAGGGCCGCUUUCAUUCUGUAGAGAAUGAUGGUCAACAAGAAGUUAAGGUCCAUGAUGCCCAGCUCAGUGUUCUGGUGUAUGAAGGUAGCCCUAGCGCUAAAGAUACUGGCACUCAACAUCUCAUGCAGCAUGCUGGGGAGAAUGCUGUAGUUGGUAUGGACCUUUCAGAGCUGCCACCCAGCCAAGUUAUCCUCAGUGUCUACCAGUCAGUCCCUGCAGCACGAAACCAAACUUCCCAAGUGACAGCUGCCCGUUCAGUGCAGCACGUUGCAUCUGUGACCACCACAACUACUGCUGCCCCCUCUGGACAUGCAAGGGAACCCCAUUCUCCUGUGACUAUGGUGGCUCUGUCUGAACCUGCUGUACAGCACAAUGCAUCUGUGACCAUGAUGACAAGCACAGCUGCUGUACAGGACAAUACAUCUGUCACCACCAUGACAGCUGCUGCUCCUCCUAAGCAUGCAAUGGAACCUCCAUCUCCUGUGACUAAGAUGGCACCAUUUGAACCUGCUGCACAGCACAAUACAUCUGUGAUGACCACUGUGACAAUUGCUGCUCCCUCUAAGCAUGCAAUGGAACCCCAUGCUUCCAUGACAAGCACAGCUGCUGCCCCAUCUAAGCCUGCUGUGGAGAAUAAUGCAUCUGUGACCAUGACAACAGCUGCUGCUUCUAGGCAUUUAAUGGAACCUCACUCUCCUGUGACUAUGGCACUGUCCGAACCUACUGUGCAGCACAAUGCAUCUGUGAUGACCACUGUGACAAUUGCUGCUCCCUCUAAGCAUGCAAUGGAACCCCAUGCUUCCAUGACAAGCACAGCUGCUGCCCCAUCUAAGCCUGCUGUGCAGAAUAAUGCAUCUGUGACCAUGACAAUGGCUGUUCCUUCUAAGCAUUCAAUGGAACCUCAUUCUCCUCCGAGUAUGGUGGCUCUGUCUAAACCUGCUGUACAGAACAAUGUAUCUGUGAUGGUGACAACAGCUGCUCCCUCUGGACAUGUGAUAGAACCCUAUUCUCCUGUGACAACUGUGGCUCUAGCGAAACCUGCUGUACGGCACAAUGCAUCUGUGACUACCGCAACUACUUUUCCUCCUGCGAAUGCAAUGGAGCCCCAUGUUGCCAUAACAGCUGUCCCUUAUGAGCAUGCUCUAGUUCACAAUACAUCUAAAAUUGCCACACCUGCUGUGCCAUCUUGGCAUGCAAUGGAGCACCAUGCUUCCAUGACCACACUUGUGCCACAAUGCAUGCUUGAUUGGGACUACAAUUCCUCUGCAGUCACAAGUACUACCCCAUCUGAGCCUGCUGUACAGCAGAACUCAUCAAAGAUGAGUACAGAAAGUACUGCUCCAUCUUUGCGUGCAAUGGAACCUCAUCCUUCCAUGAACACAGGAGGUGCUCUGUCUGAACCUGCAGUACGGCACCAUUCUUUCAUGAGAACCAAAAUGACUGUUGCCCCGACUGAACUCUCUCACCAUGAGCACCGCCAUGCUCCUGUGACUAGCAAGAUCCCAACAGCUGCCCCAUCAUCUCCUUCACUGAAACGCCCUUUGUCCUUUCCACAGCUCCUUGCUUCUGUUUUGACUAUGGAUCACCCAUCUGAGCCUCCAGAAGAGCUCCUUGCUUCUGUUACAACACAGCCCCCAUAUGAAUUGGAAGAGGAGCAGCAGUUCAUGUCUAUCACCACAGCCUCAAUACCUGAGCCUGAAGAGAAGCAGGUCAUCCUUUCAGUCACCAUGGCGCAACCAGCUGAACCUCAAAAGGACCAGAUCCCCCUUCCUGUCACCACAGUACCACACUCUCAACCCAGAUGGCAGCAGCUCCCUACCACAUUCUAGUGUAAGUGAGCUUUGAUAAUGUUAAGUAGUUGCUGGAGGCUCUGUUCUUGUCCUUGUUCCUGCUCCUUAUGAAAUUUCAAAGUAAUCUUCAUUUGAACUAAGUUUCUUUGUAGGCUUUCUCUUAUGUUGAUUAAAGUGUUUUUGCUCACUUGCUGUUAACUACAUACUGAUUAAAUUAGUUGUGACUUUCUGUUAGUGUAUAACUGGUAUUCAAAAUAUGGUUACCUUCAUACUCUAAAGCAAUGAAAUGAGCCUCUGUGUUCAGAUGAAUAUCAAAUCUCAUGCUGAAAGCUGAACUGUGGCAAAAUAAAGCUGGUACA